UAUCUAGGGUUUUCGCUCACUGGACAUUCGCCAAUAAUUCUCUCUUCCACCCACACCUCGCUAUCUAAUUUGAAUUUUGACCUCAAUCAAUCCGAUUCGCUUCCCAGGGCGUCCCAGAUAAUCCAACUUUGUAAGUUUGCUUCCCUCUUUCUUCUUCUCUGCCUGCUCUGGCUCGAGUUUUCCGCGAGAAAUCUUGCAAUUUCUGAGAGUUGAUUUUCAUUUUUGUAAUUGUCGUUUGGAAUUUGAAUAUUCUGCGUGUGGGAAAGUGGGAGAGAGCGUUGUAUUUUCGCUUUUAUCUAUAUGGGGAAAUCUGGGACUCGAAAGAAGAAGGGUGGUUCGAAUCAUGCUUCUUCGGCUGUUAAUUCGACUCCAAAUGCUAAUGGGGGUGUUGAUUUGGAUUCUUCUAUCUUUUUGAAAAGAGCUCAUGAGUUGAAAGAAGAGGGGAAUAAAAGGUUCCAGAAUAAGGAUUUUGUUGGUGCUCUUGAACAGUAUGAAAGUGCGCUUCGUCUUACUCCCAAAACCCACCCUGAUCGAGCUGUGUUUCAUAGUAAUAGAGCCGCUUGUUUGAUGCAAAUGAAACCAAUUGAUUAUGAUACUGUUAUUGCUGAGUGUACCAUGGCCCUCCAGGUCCAGCCUCGAUUUGUUCGUGCUCUUCUUCGGAGGGCUCGUGCUCUUGAGGCUAUUGGGAAGUAUGAAAUGGCAAUGCAGGACGUGCAGGUCUUGUUGGUCGUCGAUCCUAACCUUCGAGAUGCUCUUGACAUCGCCCAACGGUUGAGGGCUGCUGUUGGACCUCGACAGGAGGCUCAACAGGACCUUCAGAGCCGUCCGUCUCCUGCUGCUUUAGGUGCCUCGGCCGUUGGUGCUCCCAUUGCAGGCUUAGGUCCAUGUUUGCCUGCUCGACCGGUUCAGAAGAAAGUGGCAGCCUCCAUGGGGGGUGCUACAGUACUGCUAAAUAGUAAAGUGGAGAAGCAUCAGGGUGUUCUAACUACUGAAAAUGGCCCAAAUGAACCCAAAUUGCAAUUUCCCAAAGUAGUCUUGAAGCCUUCAAGUGGGUCUUCUAAGGCUCCUAAUGUAAGUGAAGAUAAACUGAAGGAAGAUUCACUUUCUUCCUUGUCAUUGCAUGCUCAAAGUCGAAUCCAAGAACCUAAUGUUCAGUUGAGGCCUUUGAAGCUUGUCUAUGACCAUGACAUAAGGCUUGCCAUGAUGCCAGUGAAUUGCAGCUUCAAAGAUCUUAGAGAGAUUGUGAGCAAACGUUUUCCGUCGUCAAAAUCUGUUUUGAUCAAGUAUAAAGACGCAGAUGGGGAUCUGGUGACGAUAACCUGUACAAGUGAACUCAGACUGGCGGAGUUUUGUGCCGAUAGCUUUGUUCCUAAGGACCCUGAGGUAGAUAAACCUGCUUCAUUUGGAAUGCUUAGAUUGCAUGUUGUAGAGGUGAGUCCUGAGCAAGAACCACCUUUGUUGGGAGAAGAGGACGAGAAACCUAUCGAGAGUGAAGAAUCCAAGGGAGAUGACAGUGGGCACGUUUCACCUCUCAGGGAGUCUGUAGCAGAAGCUACUGAUUCUGAAAAUGAUAAGAAGAUAGAGAAAGAAGUUCCGAAGGAAAAACCAGGAGCUUUGGAAGAUCCCGAGUGCAAGGAAGUUGAGAUGGACGAUUGGUUAUUUGAAUUUGCUCAACUUUUCCGAACGCAUGUUGGUAUUGAUCCAGAUGCCCAUAUAGAUUUGCACGAGCUUGGAAUGGAGCUCUGCUCCGAGGCUCUUGAGGAGACGGUAACUAGUGAAGAAGCUCAGAAGCAUUUUAACAAGGCAGCAUCAAAAUUCCAGGAGGUUGCUGCUUUAGCUUUCUUCAACUGGGGUAAUGUUCAUAUGUGUGCUGCAAGGAAACGUAUUCCUUUAGACGAGUCGUCUGGAAAGGAUAUCGUGGCAGAGCAGCUUCAAACUGCUUAUGAAUGGGUGAAGGAGAAGUACACCCUAGCAAGAGAGAAAUACGAAGAGGCGCUUUUGAUCAAGCCCGACUUUUAUGAAGGUCUAUUGGCUCUUGGCCAACAGCAGUUCGAAAUGGCUAAACUUCAUUGGUCUUUUGCACUAGCUAAGAAAAUCGACCUCUCAAGUUGGGAUUUUACAGAAACACUCGAACUUUUCGACAGUGCAGAAGAGAAAAUGAAAGUAGCGACCGAGAUGUGGGAAAAAAUGGAGGAGCAGAGGGCGAAAGAGCCGAAAGAUCCAACCGCAACCAAGAGGGAAGAGUUACUGAAGCGACGAAAGAAACAGGCGGGUAGUGCAGACAGUGAAAUGCAGGGAAUAGGUGGUCAGUUUGAGGUAUCACCCAAUGAAACUGCUGAGCAAGCAGCACUAAUGAAAUCCCAAAUCCAUCUUUUCUGGGGCAAUAUGCUGUUUGAGAGGUCCCAAGUUGAAUGUAAAAUAGGAACAGGAGAUUGGAAGAAGAACCUCGAUGCUGCUGUAGAACGAUUCCAACUUGCUGGAGCUUCCGAGGCUGACAUUUCUGUCGUUUUGAAGAAUCAUUGUUCGAACGAAAAUGCUGUGGAAGGGGACGAUAAGACGAGUCUAGACAUAAACAGCAAGGCGAAUCAAGAAAAGGAAGAUAUCGUUAAGGAGGUCGAUCAAGCAUCUGGGUAGCUGAUAGAAAUGAUGGUACAAUCACUUUAUAAAACCGAAUGCCGAAAUUCAUUAGAACAAACCAAAGAAAAGAAAUCACAUUGUUUCAGCCUGGCACGAGGAGGAUGGCUGGCUCCUUUCGACCGUCGCAUUGGAGGAUGCCCGACACUCAUAGCGUGCAGGUUAUGAACUCGGACUGGUAACUUUCUUCAUAAUUUGACAAGUAAGCAAAUAAUUUGUGUGCCAGAUUGAUUGAUUGAUGAUUUUUGUGUUGAAGAAACGAAAUGAACUGAUUCUGGUUUUGCCUCAA